UAUGACGUACCCGAAAAAAUAACUAAAGUUAAUUUUAGGUUAUGUGUAUAAAUGAACAUAUUUAAUUUUAUUAAAAUGUAUGUUAUUUUGAAUUUUAAUUUAAGUUAUAAAAUGCGUGUUUAGUAAAAUAUUUUUGUAAACGUAGUGAGUUUUGAAUAUAAUCAUUAAAAUUAACUAACUGAGUAGAAGUGAAAAUGUCUUGGGUUGGUUCUAACAACCUAACCGAGUUUCAAAAAUUUUGUAUCAAAGUUUUAAAAUGCGGGCCAGUACCAAAUCACAUAGCUAUCAUAAUGGAUGGCAAUAGAAGAUACGCCAAAAAAACUAAUGUACAAAAAGCAGUAGGUCAUUCCAAAGGUUUCGAAAAAUUGGCAGAAUGCCUUCACUGGUGUCGCGAAUUGGGAAUAAAAGAAGUGACGGUUUAUGCGUUUAGUAUAGAAAAUUUCAAAAGAUCACCUGAUGAAGUAGAUGCCUUGAUGGAAUUAGCGAAAGAAAAGUUUCGUAAAAUUUUCGAAGAGAAAGAUAAACUUAUGCAAGAAGGUGUUUGCAUAAGGGUGAUUGGUAAUUUAUCUUUGCUUCCCGAAGAUUUACGAAAACUUAUAGCAGAAGCUGCUCUUCUUACAGAAAACAAUACGAAAAGUAUACUAAACGUAGCGUUUUCUUAUACAUCUAGGGAAGAAAUGACUUACAGUCUUAAAACAAUAUUACAAGGGAUAAAAGAUGGUUUAAUUGAUAACGGUGAUGUAUCAGAAGAAUUAAUUUCAAGUUGUUUAUAUACCCAGUUGAGUAGAAACCCAGAGAUAUUGAUUCGAACCUCUGGAGAAAGCAGACUUAGUGAUUUUUUACUCUGGCAAAUAUCAGACACGGAUAUAUAUUUUACUGAUGUCUUGUGGCCAGAGUUUUCAAUCUGGCACUUACUAGGUUUUGUAUUCAAGUAUCAAAGGCAAUAUAAUACAAAAAGCCACGAUGUUCUUUCUCCUCAAGUACUCGAUCACAAAAUUCAAACUUUUGUAGAACAAGUUAAAAUACAGAGAAGAAAACAGCUAGAGAUUUAUUCCAUGUUGUAGAUAUAUUAUUGUUACAGUAUAUUGCGAUAAUUAUUAAAAAUAUUUAAUGAAUAAUAAAUAAAUAAAAUCUAAUCC